AUGUUCGCCGACAGGCUCAAGCACAGCGACGGCGAGCGCUGCUACGAGCGCCAUGCCGCCUACCAGAUGCGUUGGGAUCUCGACGCCCUCGGCAUCCCCGACGGAGGCCUCAGCAGCCUCCUCUCCGCAGCGGCGCCGAACGGUGGUCCACUCGCACUGCUCGGCGCCGGCGCUGGCGAUCCCGACAGCGGCGUCGCCGCGCCGCAGCUCCGCGUCUACAGUGCCUCGGGCGAGAUGAUCCGCGGCUGGCCGUGGCUGCAUGGCCGGUGCGUCGGGCUCGGCUGGAGCGGGAGGCAUGAGCUCGUUGCCGUCCUCGAGUCUGGGCACGCGCUCGUCUGGUCGAUGCACGGCGCGCGGCUGGCCGAGUUUGGGCUGGGCGCGGCGUGCGAGGCGCACGGCCUGCUCAGCGCCGAGGUCCUCCCCGACGCCCUCUUGCUCCUCGGCAAGGACUGCCGCUGCUACGCGCUGCACGCGUUGGGCAGCGAGGCCGAGCGGAGGCUCGUACCGCUCGCCGACCCGCGGCUUGCGGCGCCGGGCGGCGUCCCGCGGGCCCUCGUCGCAACGAGUACUCGCACCAUCCUCCUGCUGGACGAGCGGGAGGCCCUCCACGUCUUCUCGUCCGACCUCGAGGCCCUCCACGUCUUCUCCUCCGACCUCGCCCGAAACUUGUCCGAGUUCCAGACGCACGCGCCGCGCCCGCCGACGGCGGGGCGCCUGGGUGUCGUCUGGUGCGGCAGCGACGCGCUGCUGCUGCGGUCGGGCGGCCGGUGGGGCGGCCGGGUGGUGAUGGUUGGGCCGUAUGGAGACUGCAUCCAGUACGAGUACGCCGAGCCGCCGCUCCUCUUCCCGGAGCAGGCACAAUCUCCCCGUAUCUCCCCGUAUCUCCCCGCGGCGGAGCACGAGAUGAGCGCAGGGCGGCAGCUCUCUCUCCUCCGCGCCGCCGCCUACGGCAAGCCAUACAUCCGCCACGCCGGCGCCGCGCCCAGCGGCGGCGGCGGCGAGGGCGGCGAGGGUGGCGAGGGCGGAGAGGGAGAGGGCGGCGGCGGCGGUGUGGCCGAGCAGCGGCGGCUGGCGGCCGCGUUUGUGCGCGCGUGUAGAGUCGCGCGCGCGCUGAACGCGGUGCGGGCCCCGGAGGUCGGCUUGCUACUGACGCGGCUGCAGCACGCGCACCUGCUGGCAGCGCGGCUGUGCGAGCUCCUCGGCUUGUCUGAGAUGAAGGUGGCGGUGGUGCACCACUGGGGCAAGGCGAAGAUCGGAGGCGCGGCCGCGCCCCUCUGGGCGGCGCGUUGCGCGGCCGCGUCCCUCUCGGACGAGGCGCUGCUCGCUGCGCUGGCGCCAAAGCUGGACGCGACGGCGGGGGCGUCGCACGCGAGACUGGCGGCCGAGGCGCUCGCGGUCGGCGUGGCCGCGUCCCUCUCCUUCUCGCCCGCCGGAGACACCGGCGCCUCGCACCAUGCCGCGCUGAUGGCGCACGCGACCGGAGAACAGCUUCGCCUGCUCACCGCCCAGCUGAACCUCGAGCGGGAGACGGCCGGCGCGCCGCCGCCGCCCGCCGCCGCUGCCCUCGCGCCUGGCCGCUGGCGCUUCGUCGACUUGCCCCUCAACGAGACGCUCUUCCGCUGCUUCGCGCCGUAUGCAGAGAGGCUACGCUUGGAGCUGCGCGUGCCGGAGCGGCGCUGGUGGCGGAUCAAGGUGCGCGGGCUCGCCCAGCUGCGCGAUUGGCCCGCCCUCUGGCUCUUCUACAACUCGGCGCGCCGGCCGCCGCUCAGCGCCGCCGCCUUUGCCGAAGCGGCCAUCGCAAACGGCGCGCCGGCGGAGGCCGCGCGCUACGCGCCUCGGAUGCCGCCCGCCGAGGCGGUGCCGCUCCUCCUGCAGUGCGGCGAGGCGAGCGCCGCGCGCGCGAUCGCGCUGGCAAACAAGGACAAGAACCCCGAGCUGCUGAGGCGGGUCUCCGCACACCUCGGGGCGGCGCCUUGA